GGUGUUUCCGCCCACUUCCCUUUUGGUUUCUUCCACCGCCAUCGCGCUCCCUGGCUCGAUCUUCUAUAAAUGGAGCCUCGUAGAAAACGGAGCCAGUUCGCGAUGCCCUCCUCUUUUUGCCGUUGUAGUCUUUUAUUAGUGGUGGUGUUUAUCUUGUGCUCCCUCGAACCCUAAUCUUGCCCUUUACCCCUUCGCCCGUGGUGCCGAUGGAUUCGAUCGUCAAGAAGGAGAUCGUCGUGGCUACGGAGCCGCUGGACGAUUCCGUGAUCGAUCUCAGUAGCAGUGACAGCGAUUGGGAGGCGGAGGGCGACGGGACGGCCAAGCGGCGGAGGAAACCCGAUGGGAUGGGGGGCCCUCUCAAGAAGUCUCGGACUGUGGGAAUUCUGCCCGCCGGCUUCCUCGACCCCCUCUCGCCCGAGGAGCCGCUGCCGCUGCUGCUGCCGCAGCCACCGCGUUCGCGGUCGCCGGUGGCAUUGCUCCGGUGCAAGCAGUUCUGGAAGGCGGGGGACUUCGACGAGAGUUUGAACCCUAAUCCGACGCCGCUCCGAGGGAUGGAUCAUGUGCGAGUUCACCCUAAAUUUUUGCAUUCAAAUGCCACAAGUCACAAGUGGGCACUUGGAGCUUUGGCUGAGCUCUUGGACAAUUCUUUGGAUGAGGUUUGCAAUGGAUCUACAUUCGUGAAUAUUGAUAUGCUAAUAAACAAGAAAAAUGGAAGCAAAAUGUUGUUGGUUGAAGAUAAUGGUGGUGGGAUGGACCCUGAUAAAAUGCGGCAAUGCAUGUCAUUGGGGUAUUCUGCCAAGUCCAAAAUAGCAAACACUAUUGGACAGUAUGGGAAUGGCUUUAAAACCAGCACCAUGCGACUUGGCGCAGAUGUUAUCGUGUUUUCUCGUAGUCAUGGGAAAGACGGAAGAAGGCCCACGCAGACCAUUGGAAUGCUGUCCUAUACUUUUCUGAGGAACACUGGGAAAGAAGAUAUUGUAGUUCCAAUGCUUGAUUAUGAGAAAGGAAAAGUCUGGAGUAAGAUGUUGAGAUCAUCCUUAGCUGAUUGGAAUACAAAUUUAGAGACCAUCAUCCAAUGGUCUCCAUAUUCUAGUGAAGCAGAUCUUCUUCAGCAGUUCAGUUCUGUUAAAGAUCAAGGGACUCGAAUAGUCAUAUACAAUUUGUGGGAGGAUGACCAAGGAGAGUUGGAGCUUGAUUUUGAUGCUGAUGAACAUGACAUUCAAGUUAGAGGUGUUAAUCGUGAUGAGAAGAAGAUUGAAAUGGCAAUGAAGUUUCCAAACUCCAGGCAUUUUUUAACAUAUCGACACUCAUUAAGGAGUUAUGCCUCAAUUCUGUAUCUCAGGCUUCCAAAUGUCUUCAGAAUGAUAUUGCGUGGCAAAGAGAUUGAACACCACAAUAUUGUGAAUGAUAUGAUGCUAAAACAAGAGGUCACAUAUAAGCCUCAAUCAGUUGCUGAAGGUGUUCCUAAAGAUCCUAAUAUGGUUGCAGUUGUGACUAUUGGCUUUGUAAAGGACGCAAAAGAUCAUAUUGAUGUUCAGGGGUUCAAUGUUUAUCACAAGAAUCGGCUAAUAAAGCCUUUCUGGAGAGUAUGGAGUGCUGCUGGUAGUGACGGGCGUGGAGUUAUAGGUGUAUUAGAGGCAAAUUUUAUUGAACCAGCACAUGAUAAGCAGGACUUUGAACGCACAACUAUUCUUUCCAGACUUGAAGCAAGACUUGUUCAGAUGCAGAAAACAUACUGGUCUAAUAAUUGUCAUAGGAUUGGCUAUGCUCCCAGGGUUAACAAGAAAACUAUUGAGCAAGACGAUAAAGAGAGUUCUCCUGAAGCACCAGUUCAUCAAUUAUCUCGGCAUUCACUGAAGUUUACUUCUCCAAGCAGCGGAACCCAUGCCAGCAAGUCUAGUGCUCCAGAUAAAGUUGGAUAUAAGUACUUGCCAAGUUCAAGUGGUAAAACAGGAAAGGCCAGUGCCUCAGCCUUUGUCUUGGGUAAAUCUGGGAAUCAGAAAAGUGGAAGUUUGGCCUCCUCCAUGGACUGUGGAGUAAAAAGUGCUAUGAAAGUUGGAAAGAACAUAAGAGCUCAAUCUAGGUCCAGUGGAAUUCAUGCUGUUGAUGAUGAGAGUGAUUCUGAGACUGAGUGCACAGCUUCAGUUAAAAGAACACAUGAUUCAAAUAUUCCCAAGGCCAUUUUCAGUUCAAGAACCUCUGAUAAAAUUGUUGCUCCUCCAACGUUGUCUCCACCUCCUUAUUCUGCCCAUAAUGGAGCUCAAGGAGAUCAUACAACAAAUGGAGUUGCAGGAAUCGAGCGAGUUGCUACUAGAUCACAAGGAAAGGCAUCCAAAAUUAUCUCUGGUGAAAAUGGUCCCAGUGCUGAGGACUCUGCCAAUAUCAAGCAGUUGAAAGAUGAAAAUGAAGAAUUAAAGAAAAGAAUCAUAAAAAUGGAGGAAUCAACAACUAAGGAAUUGCAGUAUGAGAGGGAUCGUAAUAAAUCUUUACUUGAGCAAUUUGAAGCAGCGCAGAAAAGUUUGGAGGAGGCAAACAAAGAACAAGAGGCUUUGAUUGACAUAUUCUCAGAAGAAAGGAGCCGGAGGGACAAAGAAGAAGAGAAUUUGAGGAAGAAACUGAAGGAUGCCUCUCGCACUAUACAAGAGUUGUUGGAGAAGUUGGCCAAGCGCCAAAAUGAUCUCAAAUCAUAGGGACUCGAGCAAACUGAAUAGACCUCAUUUUUGUCUGGUGACCAUGUUUAUACCUUCAAAAGAACAAAUAUCAUGUAACUGCUUGUUCAAUUACCACAGUACUAAAAUUUUGAAGAAAGCAUCAUUACUGGCUAAAGCACCAAGAAAGCGAUGCACUACAUUUUGUACUUUAUCAUCCUAUAGAACCCAUCUUGUCAGAAGUCUUUCAUGUUCUGAGAUUAUGAAGGGGGAUUAGUUGACUUUUACUAUGUAAAGGUAAAUAUUCCUAGUGUAGGUUCAAAUGUACAGUUUAUCUCUGAGAUAAGGUUUUGCAUUAGUUACUUGUA